ACGCCGCGCGGCCUCGGGUGCGGCCGGGGUGGGGCCGGAGGCGGGGAUGGCUUGGUGCCCAGCCGCCCGCGUUAGGUCCCGUUGCGGCUGCCCGGGACUGGCGGGAUGGCCCGGCUGAGUCAGCGCCACCGCCUCUGCUGCGUGGCCUUUCUGAUGCCGCGGGCUGCGCAACGCCUCUUUGCUGGGUUUGCCCUGCGGCCAGGCGGGCGGGGUGGGCCCCGGCGUGGUCGGUGUCGCGUGCCUCACUACAGCUCUGGUCACCCAGCGCGGUGAAAGGAUGGUAGGGCCGAUCUGGUUCCGCAGCUGCCGGUGGCUCUGCAGUCGCCGCUGGGUCAGCUGCUGCAAGCGGCGGGGCUGCUCCUAUAGCUGUCCAGGUUGUUAGACGGUGGGCUUUCUCCGUCCUGCCUCGCCCAACCCAAUGAAUGACUAAUACAUAGGUCAGUUAGAUCCAGAGCUCCCUAUGGUGGAGCUUGAAUAACUGUAAUAGAACUGGAAGGAAAAGGUCCUCUCUAACCCAAGUACUCCAGCCUUUGACUUGUGAUAAGUAAGUUAGCGUUUGUGAGCAGAGACUUUGGGAUCCUAGUUUGUUCUCAGCUGUAGAGCUUGAAUUAGAAGAGUGGAAGAAUACUGAGACAUGGCGUGGGGGGUGGACUGUGGGGAAUGCUGUGCUUCUCAGAACUUGUUAAAAAUACUACAGUAUCCUAUGGCAAAUGUGUUGUUCUCCCAACACAAGUGUGCAUUUUCAGCUAUUUAAGCCUCACAAAUUCCACCGUUAGACUGGACACCAGCUUUCUUGCUAUUAGCUGUGCAAGAGAAUGAGUGAAAAGCUGACAAGGAACAUUGCCUGUAGCAUCCAACUCACUGACUUAUAGUCAGAACCGAGAGUGGAAAAAUCCAGUCAUCAUAUCACUUAAUACAAUAAACUUUUAAGGAAGGAAAUAAAGCUAUGUCAAAACAUCAGUGCCACUGUGUCAGCAACAAUUUUCAAGCUUCUCACCAGUCCUUGGCAAAUGUGACACUUAUCUAACCCUAAUCUGAAAUAUGUAUUAUUUCUUGGGAUUCUGCAACAGUAAAGAAAAGUGUACUUCAAUACUGGGGGCAAAUUUUCAGUUCGGGACUCUAAAUUUUCUAUUUCAUUAUUAAUUUCUUAAUAAUCUUGCAGUUAAAAGCAAAACACCAGUCAGUUUUCAAUAAGAACCUGAUAACUGUCUCCAAAGCUGACCUAGAUGGAUUGCAUUUCCAUGCGAUGCUUCCACAAACUGGCUGUGAAAUAGGACUACCAAGAUCAGAUAGACACAAAAUCAUGGCCCCAUUUAAAGAAAUAACCAACACAGUUAUAGCUAUAGUAUAAAGGAGGUUUGUUUGGUUUUUUUUAAGAUGAAUAUGUCCUAUCUUUUGUAAUAAUAGGAUUUACCUUCUAAUUGGGGAGGUUUACAUUUUUAAAAAAAGCUAGCAACAGGAAGCAAAAUGUAAGUGCUCUUAGUGGUCUAGAUAUUAAGGGAUAUAUUUAUUUAGAUCGUCUUGGGCUGAAGUAAUAGGAAAAAAAAACUAGAGGAAGGAAUUAAUCCUUGAAAGAUAGGGAAGAUUCUGAGGCAGAAAGGAAUUUUUUUUUAAGGGCGGAGGUAAGCAGUCGACGUUACAUUUCAAAAUCAUCUUUAAUUAUAUGCAUAAAUGAAUUGAGGAAGGCUACAAAGGCAAUGAGAGUCAAAAUUAUAACUGGGGUCUUCAGAAUUCCAACUCGUUUGAUAGUGUGUAUUAAAAACCUUGAAGAGAAGGAUUUGUUUGGGGGACAGGGAGAGAGAGGCUUUGAAUAAUAAAUUGGUACGUUAAUGGAUGUACUUCCAUGAGAAUAUAAGGAUUUUGAAUCUUUUCUAUGCACGGUGAAAUUCAAGACUUAAUACUUAGGUGUGGCUAUUAGAGCUUUUCUCUCGUUGACUCUUUUGCUUUUUGCUUUUUAAUUUGUUAUGCAUUGCACAGUUACUGCAGAAAUGCACCGCGUCACUGUUCACAUGCUGACUUUGCAGGUUUGGAGCAGAUCCUACAGCACGGGGACGGGCACACUCUUGCCUCUGUUCAGAGCCGCCUGGCUGAGGAAGAGCGUCCCAACUUCUUCCCACUUAGGGGCUGCUGGUUCUUUCCCCGCACUGGAGACGGAGGAAAAUUGGCCCUCUGUAGCCACCGUCCUCUUGAGGUCCGGUCCAAUCAAGGCUUAGCGGAAAGGGGCGGGACUGAGUGGCGCGCGCUGUGCUUCUACCUCUGCUUCUGCCUCUACCUCCCCCGGGUUGCUUUCAGCAUGGAGGAAAUUUAUGCCAAGUUUGUGUCACAGAAAAUCAGCAAGACCCGCUGGCGACCGCUAUCUUCGGGGAGCCUGCAGACGGCGGAGACCUUCGCCACGGGCUCUUGGGACAAUGAGGAAAAUUAUGUUUCACUGUGGUCUAUUGGAGAUUUGGGGAACGUGGACUCUGAUGGAGGAUUUGAAGGAGACCAUCAGUUAUUGUGUGACAUCAGACACCAUGGUGAUGUAAUGGAUUUACAAUUUUUUGACCAGGAAAGAAUUGUAGCUGCUUCAUCAACAGGAUGUGUAACAGUUUUCCUUCACCAUCCAAAUAACCAGACUCUGUCAGUCAGCCAGCAGUGGACAACAGCUCACUACCACGCGGGUCCAGGCAGUCCUUCCUGUAGCAGUGCACCAUGCACAGGUGUUGUCUGCAACAGCCCAGAAAUUGUCACAGUUGGAGAAGAUGGUCGAAUAAAUCUCUUCAGAGCUGAUUACAAGGAAGCUAUAAAAACUAUAGACAAUGCAGAUAGCAGUACACUCCAUGCUGUAACCUUCCUUCGAACUCCUGAGAUUCUUACAGUAAAUUCAAUUGGACAGUUAAAAAUAUGGGAUUUUAGACAACAAGGAAAUGAACCCUCUCAGAUAUUAUCACUGACCGGUGACCGAGCGCCGCUCCACUGUGUGGAUAGACAUCCCAACCAGCAGCAUGUGGUAGCUACUGGUGGCCAGGAUGGAAUGUUGAGUAUUUGGGAUGUAAGACAAGGUACAAUGCCUGUGUCUCUACUGAAGGCUCAUGAAGCUGAAAUGUGGGAAGUUCACUUUCACCCAUCCAACCCAGAUCAUCUCUUUACUUGUUCUGAAGAUGGAUCUCUCUGGCAUUGGGAUGCCUCCACAGAUGUACCUGAGAAAUCAUCGCUCUUUCACCAAGGAGGAAGAAGCAGUACUUUUUUGUCUCAUAGCAUUAGUAACCAGACUAAUGUUCACCAAUCUCUUAUAAGCUCCUGGCUCAGCACUGAUCCUGCCAGAGACCGUAUUGAAAUCACAAGCUUGCUUCCAAGCAGGACUUUGUCUGUGAACAGUUUGGAUGUUUUAGGUCCUUGUCUUGUUUGUGGAACCGAUGCAGAAGCAAUUUAUGUUACUAGACAACUUUUUUCAUGAAGCAACUAUAAGAUUUCAGGUAAAACAUACAGUUAGAACCUUUCAAAUUCCAACUUCUAUGCAAAUUUUUAUUGUUAGCAAAUGUGAACUUUACAGGGGAAGCGUCCAUAAACUAUCGUUAAUGUUUAUGCCCUGUUUUGGCUUGUUAGUUGAAUAUUCCUCUAACAGUUGUUAGAGUCUAGUUGAUAACCAAUGGCAAAAUAAUUGAAACGUGUGGAAGAAUGUCAGAGGGAUCCUUGUGCUGGUAAAUGUAGCACUUUCAAAACAAUUCUGGACAGCUUGUGGAACCAGCUCUACAUUUUUGAUGAUGUAGGGCUUAAUAAUGUCAAACCACCAGUGGGUUCCUAAUCUUUUUUAUCAGCAGUAUGUGGGAUAUACCCCUCCCUGGUGGCAUUAGCCCUUGUUAGUCUUUAUUCCUUUUACUGCACAUGUUUUCUGCAGUUCCUCCACAUUUUAUUUCCUUAGUGAUUUCAAUAAACUUUUUCAGAAAGAUUUUUUUUUUUCUGUCUUUUGUUGUUUUAGGGCUGCACCUACGGCAUAUGGAAGUUCCCAUGCUAGGGGUCUAAUUGGAGCUGUAGCUGCCAGCCUACACCACAGCCAUAGCAACACCAGGUCCAAGCUGCGUCUGCGACCUACACCACAGCUCAUGGCAAUGCCAGAUCCUUAACCCACUGAGCAAGGCCAGGGAUUGAACCCGCAACCUCAUGGUUCCUAGUCAGAUUCGUUAACCACUGAGCCACGACGGGAACUCCCCAGAAAGAAUUUAAUGGAGCAAAAAUGACAAAUUUUUUGUAGUGUUCAGAUUUUUUUCAAGUUGAAAAUGUUUUGACACAUUCCUUUAUUAGAAUAGGUUUGAACAGAAUUUUGUCAACUCCUUAGAUUCAUCUUCAUUUUUCUUGAAAAGAAAAAAGACAAAUACAUUUAUCCUAAGGAUUUUGCUCUUUUUUUACACUGUAUUUGAAAAUUGCUGAACUGGACAUUGUGCAAUAAAAUAGAAUUUGACAUUGAUGAGUAAGCUGACUUCCAAACUGAUAUUUGAUGGGUAAUAUGUAUGAGACUAGUAUGAUGGGGUGGUAAGAAUAAAGAGUUUUUCCAUCUUUAUCUUUAUCCAAAAUGUUAAUGAUACCCUAACAUGCAGCAUUUUAAGACAAUUUAAUGACAUUGUGUUUCCAAAGUUUGUUAGAUUAAAUGCAUUAUUGAACUGUAAGACCUUAAUGACAAAUCACUCCUAUUAUACAAAUAAACUCUAUGUUUAUUUACAAUUCCAAUAAUAGUAAUUAUGAAGUUUUGGGGUUUUACCCCAAUAAAUAUUUUCAAUUUUUUUUUAAUGGCCACACCCACAGCAUAUGGAAUUCCCAGGCCAGAGAUUGUAUCUGAGCCACAGCUAUGGCAAUGCUAGAUCCUUUAACCCACUGCACUGGGCCAGGGAUGGAAUCAGAGUUACAGCUGCCGGCCUACACCACAACCACAGCAACGCAGGAUCUGAGCCUCGUCUUUGACCUACACCAUUGCUGACACCAAUGCCAGAUCCUUAACCCACUGAUCGAGGCCAGGGAUUGAACCUGAGUCCUCAUGGAUACUAGUCUAAUUCAUUAACUGCUGAGCCAUGACAGGAACUCUGCUGGUAGGCUUUUUUUUUGUGUGUGUGUGUGUGUGUGUUUUUGCUAUUUCUUUGGGCCGCUCCUGCAGCAUAUGGAGGUUCCCAGGCUAGGGGUCCAAUCGGAGCUGUAGCCACUGGCCUACGCCAGAGCCACAGCAACGCGGGAUCCGAGCCGCGUCUGUAACCUACACCACAGCUCACGGCAACGCCGGAUCCUUAACCCACUGAGCAAGGGCAGGGACCGAACCCGCAACCUCAUGGUUCCUAGUCGGAUUUGUUAACCACUGCGCCACGACGGGAACUCCCUGGUAGGCAUUUUUAAUCUGUUUAUAGUUUCAGUGCUAGGGCUGAUUUUUAAAACUCUGUUGUCACUGAAGUCAUUCAGGAGUUCUCUUGUGGUGCAGCAGGUUAAGAAUCCAGCGUUAUCACUGCACCGGCUUCUGUUGCUGAUUUGGCGUGGGUUUGAUCCCUGGUGGGGGAACUUCAUAUGCUGUGGACAAGGGCAAAAAAAACCCCCAGAGUCAUUCAUUAUGGAAAAAAACAUUCAAAAGAAAAUUUUAAGUACUUAGAAUCUGAAACAGAGAAUACUUUUCAUACCUUUUUCUAUUCAUGAAUGUAUAUGAUUUCCUUGUUAAAAAAAUGAAAUAUACGUGUAUUUGUGGAUGCACAUUCUCUAGCAGUGAACGCAUGGAUUCAAUAAAAAAAUAUAUAUAGCUAA